CUUGAGGGGGGGCUGUGCCCAUCACUAAAAUCAAUCAGCUCCCCCCCUCCCCUCCCUCUCCACAAUGUUGAAAUCACCAAGCAUGGGCGUCGGAGAGAGAAAACAAGCGAAGAAAACCGCACAAGCCAGUUCCAGAAAAGGGUGCAUGAGAGGCAAAGGUGGUCCAGAGAAUGCUAUGUGCACUUACAAAGGAGUUCGCCAGAGAACAUGGGGCAAAUGGGUGGCCGAAAUUCGCGAACCCAAUCGCGGUGCUCGUCUCUGGUUAGGGACCUUCGACACCUCCUAUGAAGCUGCCAUCGCUUAUGAUGCUGCCGCCCGUAAACUCUACGGCCCCGAGGCAAAGCUCAAUUUGCCUGAACUAUGCGCUCAGCCUCCUGCCAACACUCAAUUCACCCAUAACCAAAUCCCUCCCAAUCCAAAUAUCACAUCUCCAUCUGUUACCGCUCUACCCCGGCCUAACAUCCAAACACCUCCAUAUCACAAGAAGUACUCAGUGGUCCCCCCUCCUGCUACCCAAGAGGUUCCGCCCCAUGCCAAACCAACCGCUAUCAACGAGAAAAACGGGGAAAAUGAUGAUGGAAUGGAGGGUGUUUGGGCAAACAUGAACGUGACCUUGCCUAAGGUUGACGACUCUUUAUGGACCGAGACUCUGAUGUCAAUGGAUUUCCCUGCCUUCGAUGAUACUGAAAUUUUCGGGAGCAACCUCGUCGAUGGAAACAGCUGGGAAAUGUUGCAGUCUCCCUGGCGCACGUGAUUUAAUCUUCCUGGAAUAAUAUACAUAAAAACUCCCGGCUAUGCCUCUAUGCUAUAUGUGUUUGUGUGUAUGUCUAUGUCAUGAUGUCUAUGUGUAAGGUAUGAAUAUGGAUGGAUGGAACUAUACAUAUGCUCUCUGUAGACUGUAUGUACACUAACAACCAUGACAUCGCUUGGGUUUUUUUGACCUCGUUUGUCAUGGCUAUUGCAUGCAUAAAACAUGUGGGGUGUCUAUAUGUAUGUAUGAAUAAAUGGAUGUGUAUAAACUGUGUGCUCCUUUUCACA